AUGGCACUCCGCUUCGAGACCGCCGAGGCACAGGCGAGCACCGCCGCCUCGAUGGACAAGACCGCCACGGGCCUGCUCCGGCAGGUUCUGGCCGAAAAGGACAGUCUGGCCGCGCUCGCGGGCGCAAUCUGCCAAGCCACGCAGGUGGCAGACCUCACCACGGCCCUGACGGCCGCCAUCCGGCGCGCCGUCCACCACCACAAGCAGGCCGAGGGCCUGGCCUUUGCCAUCGCCAACGAGUGCGUGGCCGAGGUCAAGGAGCAGGCGCGCGACGCCAUGCGCGCUGCCGCGCAGGCUGCUGUUCCCCCGGUCGUUUUGGGGGAUGACGUGGAGGACGAGACGCUGGACCUGCUGGCGGCGGUUCUCGAGGAUGCCUUUGUCGAGGAGGCGCUCGAUCUGGUCGAGAAGAAGGAUUAG